AUGGGCUCCGGCCGGUGCCGCUCGCUCCUGCCCGCUCUGCUGGUGCUGCUGCUGCUGCUGCUGGUGCUGCCCUCGGCGUGGGGCGACUGUGGGCCCUUGCCAAAUAUCAGCCACGCAGAGCCCACAGAGGACGUGAAACACAAGCAGAGCUUCAGUGAGGGCUCCAUGGUGAGAUACGUCUGCGUCACAGGCUACACCAAACGCCCCCUCCUCUCCGACACCAUCCAGUGCCUUACAAACUCCCAGUGGUCCCACCUCCCGGAGUUCUGUGGCCGUAGCUGUCCCAGCCCUCCGUAUAUGCCAUUUGCUAAAAUAUCACAGGAUGAUCAAACACAGAAUUUUUAUCCUGUUAAUACCACGGUGAAGUACAUUUGUCGCCCAGGCUUCGAGAAUACCACAGACCAGCUCCCCACCAGCACCUGCCUGGACAACUUAGAGUGGUCAGAAGUUCCUGAGCUGUGCAGGAGGAGAUCUUGUGGUAUUCCAGCAAGUCCAGAACAUGGCAAAGUUAUUACAGAUGAUCACCUGCUCGGUGCAAAAGCCACUGUGGUUUGUGACCGUGGGUACAUAUUACAGGGAGGGUCACCUUCCAUCUUUUGUGCCAUACAGGGAAAUGAAGUUGUCUGGAGUCAACUUCCAGCUUGUCAGGCUAUUUCUUGUCCUCCUCCUCCAGCCAUUCCCCAGGGGCAGCAUGAUGGCAACAGCACCGGGAAGUUCCCGUACGGCUCAGUCGCGACCUACACGUGUGACCCCGGGCUGGAGCUCGUGGGGAACAAAUCUCUCCUCUGUACAACGGAGAACGGGGUCCUUGGCACCUGGAAUGGGCCUCCUCCCGAGUGCAGGGUUAGCACUACAGCAGAGACAAACCAAACUCAAUCCUCCAAGGAGAAUCCUUACUGGUUGGCAAGUAUCCUCAUCCCUAGCUGCAUUGUUCCCCCAGUAGCCCUUGGAAUUGUAGCUGGGAUCAUCCUGAGACGGAAAGACAAUGGGAAACACUCUUACAACAUGAAUUUACAAAAGCACACGAUGAAGGGAAGGGAUGCAGCGGUGCACCCGAAGAAGCAGCCCAUGCCAUGGAAUUCCUACUUUUGCCACACAACGAGUUGCCACGUGUGUCCCACCUGCAGGAAGCAGCUGCACGAUGCCCUGGCCCCUCUCACCGUGCCCACGCGCCGCGGCUGUGCCGCCUGCGAGGACUGGCUGAGCUCCAGGCCCGGCAAACCACGCACCUACUCGGUCCCCAGCAUUGGUGACAGGGAGAGCCAAAGCCCAGCAGGCACCAGCUCUCCUGCCAAAGCUGUGGAUGUGCAGAGGGGUCACGGUGCAGGAGAAGCUGGUCCAGAGUGGAGUGAGGCAGAGCAGCCUGUGGACCACGAAAGCAGCCACCACAUCUGUCCCGUGUGUGAGAACUGGCUCCGUGCCCACGUUGGACAGCUGGACAGCCGUGCUGUGGCACCCGGGGAGUGGCAGGACGAGGGCCCGCGGGGCCCCAUCUGCUCUCCCUGCAUGGACCAGCUGCACCUCUCCCUUGUCCACAGUGACACAGGGACACACGUGGUGUGUCCCCUGGCUGGAGAGGGGACCCCAGCCCACCUCAUCCCUCAGCACACCCCCAGCUGCCACGUGUGCCCCGUGUGUGCAGUGCCAACCCACACACACUUGUGCCAGCCCCGGCACCAGGCACCCGUGUGAGCUUCUCGUGAUGCACAGCUGGGAACAAAACCUGUCUACUGCAGACUUUUUGUUUCUCCAUUUUCACCAGUGGUUUCCUGUAAACAGGAACGUGCAUCUAAUAAGAAGGAAAAAGCAAUUUCCAUCAACAUGUUAGUCUUGUUCCAAAUAGACCCACAAAGUUCUCUGUUCCCAGCAGAGCCCUGUCCUGUUCUGCUGUCACAGGGGCACUGCGAGAUCCUGUUUUCAAGCACUUUCAUAUUGCUAGUUACUUUUAUUUUUCUCUUACCAUAAUCCACUGGACUGACUGGAUGGACAAAACAUAAUCCUAAAGCCUUGUAUCUUUGGGUUGUGUUUGGUUGUGUUAUUUUAAUCCCAGCACAAUUGUUCCUACUCCAUUGCCCAGAGUGAUUUUUCUAAAUGAUUUAACACUUGAUUUGGGGAUCAGCUUGGAAUGAUCUCCCUGCAACCAAAUGAAAGGAGUUGUGAGUGCUGUGAUGUAACUUAGAGGUGUGGUUGCCAAAAUUUGCCACUGGAGAGGGUUUUAUCUGCUGUGUUUGUAAUCGAAUUGUACCUGUUUUUACUUUAUAAUCUAAGUGUAAACGACCAAGGGCAAUUCUGAAGUGUGAAUGUUGGACAUGUAAAUAUUGGAAGCUGUCUGUCAA